CCAUCCUCCCCAGGCUUGCCUGAACGAAUUCGAGCGUACCAUGUCAGUCGGUCACUCCGCUUGGAGACAUUACACUCCAUAUGUAAGAAUCACGCAUCCCACAGUACUCUUGUCAUGGUUUCCUUCGAAUGAUGUGAUGUUUCGACUCUGUCGGCACGCCAUCUUCACCUGCCGGGAAAAGUUAGUCAGGGAGCUUGAAGGAUGGUCGUCAGUUUGAUCGAGUAAUUACGAUAUACACGAGAUUCAAUAUGGCCGACGCGGAAACCAUCAUCAGCCUUCUUGGCUUCUACGAUAACUUCAGCGAACCGACACCAGCGUGGAAUCACAAGGGAGUGAUCAUUGGAUUGACUGUCCCCUUCCUUACGAUAUCAUGGAUUUGUGUUCUGUUUCGACUGUAUACUAGACUCAAGAUCAUUUACGCUCCGGGAUGGGAUGAUGCACUGGUCUUACUAUUCCUACUCACGGGAACCGCAAACGGAAUAGGCAUUUGCAUAGCUGCCAAGUUCGGUCUCGGUGAACACUUACUCAAGUUAGGUUACGACAACAUGGUCGGAUUUCUGAAAUCAUUUUAUGUUGCCAAUGCGUGUUACGCCAUGUCUACCGCUUUGAUAAAAGCGUCACUGCUUUUUCAAUAUUUAAGAAUUUUCAACCGCGGCAAGAGCCGAAUUGUUUGCAUAAUUGUUCUCGUAAUCACAUGCCUGUGGGGAACUGCAUAUUCCCUACUCGCUUUCUUCCCCUGCAGACCCAUCUACGGCUAUUGGAAUUGGGCAGAAAGUCAGCGUUGCUGGGCUUUUGCUUCCCUAAAUCCCAACGAGUUCUUUGCGGCCUACGCCAGCCACGCGGUUAUCAACAUGGUUUUAGAUUUCGUUGUCUUAGCAAUUCCGAUGCCACUUUACUUCAGAGACACCACGUCCUGGCCCACGAGAAGGAGAUUGUUGAUGCUUCUCAGCGCGGGAACACUGGUGAGCGGAAUAUCCAUCUGGCGUUUGGCCGUCUGUAUCGAGCACAGGGCAGCGACCUAUCCAACCUUUGAUCCAACAUGGUACGGUGUUGGAGUUGUCGUCCUGGGCAUGAUGGAAGUCAACGCCGCAAGCGUAUGUGCUUGCGUGCCGGUUUUCUGGCCAGUCCUAACAGCGAGAAUCGAUCAAAUUUUCGUAACAUCAGAGGUCAAGAUCACACGGGAACGACGCUAUUCAGAAGAAGGAGACGACGAGAUCGAGCUACAUGACAGCGCCAAUAGUACGCAUAGCCGCGCAGGAAGCACAACGAGCCAGAGCCACAUGUACCUAACAAAGAAGGGUACACAUUAUACGGACGACUAUGUAAUGGAACAAGUCGACCCCUUACGUGCUAAGAAUAGGGUCCAAGUAUCAUCUGAGCUGACAUCGAGAGACCGGGAUUUAUUGGACAGGAAGAAAUCAAUGCGGAGUAUGAUGUGAUAUAGCAAAGCGCCUGAAUUUAAGAUACCCUUCUAUCGUAAAACUCGCAAUCUGGUUUAGAUACCAGAUGUUGAUACAAAUCUUUUUUAAGUCGCUUUUCUUUUUCCUUUCCUUUCUUUUCUUUUACUUUGAAGGCCGGGGGGCGAGUGGGUUUGCGAAGCUUCUACUUGCUGCAAAGCAUCUUAACGAUAUAAUCUAGCUAGCAAUGGCUGUAUCGCAUGCACAGUUAGCUAU